CUACCGGAAUUGAGCAUCUUUUUGCUCCUGCAAGCCUUCGCCUCUGACCGAAGAAAGCGUUGUCGUCCGACUCCAAUUGCCAACCCGUGCCCGGCAAAUCACCCUCAUCAUGCUCUCUAGAACGGCUCUUUCUAGGGGCGCCCAGCUCGCCGCCCGCAGGCAAGGCGGCUCGCAGCUCCGGACCUAUGCCGCUGCAAGCUCCUCCUCCUCUGUCCCGACCUCCUUCGCCUACGAGACAUCCGAUAUUGCUGGCAUCAAGGUUGCUACCCGGGACUCUCGCGGCCCGACCACCAAGCUUGCUAUUGUCGCCAAAGCCGGAACUAGAUACGAGCCUGCUCCUGGUCUCACUGUUGGUCUCGAGGAGUUUGCUUUCAAGAACACCGCAUCGCGAACCGCACUGCGCAUCGUCCGAGAGACCGAACUCCUAGGAGGCCAAUUGGCUGCAUUCCACACCCGAGAAGCCCUGGUUAUCCAGGCCAGUUUCCUGCGCGAAGAUAUCCCCUACUUCACCGAAUUGCUCGGCGAAGUCAUUUCUCAGACAAAGUACACCACCUACGAGUUCCAGGAGGAUGUCGAGAGGAUUCUGCACCUGAAGCAGGCUAAGCUUGCUCUCGACGUGUCAGCCCUCGCCCUCGAUGCCGCCCACUCGGUCGCCUUCCACACUGGUCUGGGUGCUUCUCUGUACCCUUCGCCGUCUACUCCUCUCAAGGGUUACCUUGACGAAAACGCGAUUGCCGACUACGCCGGCGCCGUCUACAACAAGUCAAACAUUGCCCUCAUUGGUGAUGGUGCUACACCACAGGCCUUACACAACUGGACCGAACAGUUCUUCAAAAACAUCCCUUCGUCUUCGACAAGCAGCGUGACACUCAACUCCAAGGCUUCAACCUACUACGGUGGUGAGCAACGUACUUCCCACACUGGAGGCAACUCUCUGGUUCUCGCCUUCCCUGGCUCCAGCUUCGGCACCUUCAAGCCCGAGAUCGCGGUUCUUACCGCGUUGCUCGGAGGACAGCCUAACGUAAAGUGGUCACCUGGAUUCACCAUCCUGUCGAAGGCUACUGCGGGUGUUCCCGGCCUCAGCGCUUCUGCUACUAACCUUACUUACUCAGAUGCUGGCCUUCUCGCUAUUCAAAUCAACGGUGGUGCCAAGGCUGUCGGUAAGACGGCGCAAGAAGCAGUCAAUGCUUUGAAGAGCAUCGCCUCCGGCUCAGUUGCCAAGGAGGACCUAACCAAGGCGAUAGCGAAGGCCAAGUUCAAUGCUCUGGACGCCAGCCAGUCCGGCGUCGCAACACUCCUCUCGGCUGGUUCCGGUAUCGUGCAGACUGGCAAGCCUUUCCAGGUUGUCGAGACCGUUGAGUCGAUUAACAGUGUCACAGCUGAGAAGCUACAGAGCGCUGCCAAGGCUCUUCUUGAUGGUAAGGCUACGGUUACUGCGGUUGGUGAUCUACAUGUAUUACCCUACGCUGAGGAGCUUGGUCUAAAGGUAUAGAUACUGGGGCAGUGGAAUAAAAUUGUACCAACAGAUCAGUAGAGUUGAGUCUAUCUUGUGCAUAUAGUCAACACCCUUUAUUAGAGUUCCUUUUAUUGUUGCCUAUCUUCCAGCAGAGAGCCUAAUGUGAGACAAAUACACCACUAGCAGUAUUGCUUGUAUGUGAUGGGAAACAAUCAAUUGUGUUGCCCCCAUGAUUAUUCCUAUAGUAAUAAAUUACAGGAGAAGCAGAGUUAAGA